AUUGAAAAACUCAUUCCCCAAGUGGCAAGAGGGAAAGCGGAAACUAUCCAACGCUUUUAUCCACUCUCCUUGUCGCCCUCCACGUGGGAGGAAGACGUGCCGGCGAUGGCCACGAGAUGAGACAGGAAGCAUGAAGUCGGCUGGCCCAGGAGCAAGAGAGAGUGAAGAAAAGAACCGAUCAGCUUUCAACAAAACCCCUAGCAGCACGCACGGUAAACCAUCACCUCGGAAACGGAGCUCUUUAUCGAUACUUCUCCUUUAGUACAACCCUCGAAUCGAUCAGAAGAAGGGUUGAAGGAAGAAAAGAUCGUUUGCUUCUCAUCCGAACUUCCAUUAUUCUUCUCACCACUGCAGAGAGGGCUUUGAGUCUGUCCUCGGUUUCCCUUGUGGAUUAUCUUGUGUUGGCGCUAAAAUGGGGUUUUUCUUGGGUUUGGUGUUCGGGAUCCCUGUUGGGGUCGGGCUGGUUAUAUUAUUCGUCCGAUCGGAGAAUGCGAGGGCCCAGUACCGCUCUGACCUGGCUGCUACUGUGGCAGCAUUUGCAAAGAUGACAGUGGAAGAUUCAAAGAAAAUUCUUCCUGGUGACUAUUAUCCUUCUUGGGUUGUUUUCUCACAAAGACAAAAACUGAACUGGCUUAAUCUUGAAUUCACGAAAAUCUGGCCCUAUGUCAACGAGGCUGCAUCUGAAUUAAUAAGAAGUACCGUUGAGCCAAUUUUAGAGCAGUAUAGAGCAGGUGUAUUAGCUUCACUGAAGUUGUCCAAGCUAACACUUGGUACUGUUGCUCCACAAUUUACGGGGGUUUCUAUUAUUGAAAAUGAUGAUUCUGGCGUAACUAUGGAGCUUGAGCUGCAGUGGGAUGGCAACCCUAAGGUUGUUCUUGAUAUUAAGACGGCACUUGGUGUUUCCCUUCCUAUACAGGUGAAAAAUGUUGCAUUUACUGGGGUGUUUCGCUUGAUAUUUAAGCCUCUAGUGGAUAUUUUACCUUGCUUUGGAGCUGUGUCGUAUUCUUUGAGGGAGAAGAAAAAGCUGGAUUUCGCUGUGAAGGUUGUUGGAGGUGAAAUAUCAUCUAUUCCGGGAGUUUCUGAUGCCAUCGAGGAUACCAUACGUGAUGCUAUUGAAGACUCCAUAACUUGGCCUGUAAGAAAAAUAUAUCCAAUAUUACCUGGCGACUACAGUGAUCUAGAACUGAAACCAGUUGGAACAUUGGAAGUAAAGCUUGUGCAAGCGAAAAAUUUGACAAACAAAGAUCUCAUUGGGAAAUCUGAUCCCUUUGCUAAAUUGUUUAUACGCCCUUUACGUGACAGAAUUAAGAGGAGCAAAACAAUUAACAAUGAUUUAAAUCCUAUUUGGAAUGAACACUUUGAGUUUGUAGUUGAAGAUCCAACUACUCAGCAGUUAACAGUGAAGAUUUACGAUGAUGAAGGGGUCCAGUCAUCAGAAUAUAUAGGUGGUGCGAUAGUCAAGCUAAAGGAUCUUCAACCUGGCAAAGUGAAAGAUGUUUGGCUGAAGCUCCUAAAAGAUUUAGAAAUUCAAAGAGACAAGAAAGAUAGGGGUCAGGUGCACCUUGAACUUUUGUAUUGCCCUUAUGGUAUGGAGAAUGAAAUGAUGAAUCCUUUCGCUGCUCAAAAAUUUUCUAUGACCUCUUUGGAGAAAGUUUUCAAAAGUGGCACGAAUGGAGGUGAGGUGGUUGACACAUCAAGUUACAAAAAAAAGGAUGUAAUUGUCAGAGGAGUUCUAUCUGCGACCGUUAUAUCUGCCGAAGACCUGCCUGCAAUGGAUGUACUGGGAAAAGCAGAUCCUUUUGUUGUAUUGACUAUGAAGAAAACAGAAGCGAAAAACAAAACCCGGGUCGUGAAUGAUAGCUUGAACCCAACAUGGAACCAGACUUUUGACUUUGUAGUAGAAGAUGGGCUACAUGAUAUGCUUAUUUUGGAAGUUUAUGAUCACGAUACCUUUGGAAAGGAUUUGAUUGGCAAGAGCAUAAUGACCCUAACAAGGGCUUUGAUCGAAGGGGAAUACCAAGAAAGUGUUAUUCUGGAAGGAGCCAAGUCUGGAAAGCUAAAUGUGCACCUCAAAUGGACACCACAGCCAAUUUAUCGUGAUUCAUAAAUUCAUAGAAGAUUUAGACAGCAGAUUUGCGUUUCUUAUCAGCUUUCUAGUCUUCAUAUUGAAUCGCAUCUGAAGGAGCUUCUGACAUUGUUCUCUACUGAAUCACAGCAGAUUUGGACAGCGUCCAUUGUGUUUGUUUCAUCAUGUAUUGUAAAUUCCAGAAUAGAUGGGAAUGAGUGUAUUUGAGAUGUAAUCUGAAAGUACCGAUUUUCAGUUAAUUUUCAUUUGUGUUUUUACUAAACAUUUCAAUCAUUUGGGGAUGCAUAUUGAACAUAAUUUUUUGGAUUUUUUUCCCGAGU